AUGGUUGAAAUAAGAGAUUUACCUCAGGAUUUAUUUUAUCAAAUUUGCUCUUAUUUGCGGAUUAACGAUCUUAUUGCACUAUGUUCUGUGUGUGCACAAUUUUGUCACUGGUUACAUCGGCAGUCGUAUUGGAAAUGGCGCUCGCAAAGUCUUUGGAAUGGAACUUAUCCCUGUUUACCAGAGAAGAUCAUAGACUGGGCAUCGGCAAGUUUUGAACGAGAGAAGUGCUGUAUAAACUUCGGGGAAAAUUCAGUUGAUUGCAUUCGCCUAUCCAAGUUGAGCGUGGUCAGCCACGGGAUAGACGCUUUACAUAUUCCCCUGAAACAUCCAGAUUUACUUAUAAUGGGUGAUAGAGGUCGAGUGGUGUCAAUAUUUUCAUUCAAUACUGGACUGUUUUCUAAUUCAUGGCUUCCUGUAUUCACUGAAUAUCAUAGUCAUUCUGGUUGGAUAUGGACUAUCAAUUCAACAGAUGAUGCUGUCAUAACAGGUUCAUGGGAUGGUGCUUUAAGAGUAUGGAAGUUGACAAAUUCUGGCCUCGCAUUCCAAUCAAUUUAUCAAUUAGGCACUCCUGUACUGUGUUCAAGCUUUUUGGAUUCCAAUACUUUGGCAGUUGGUACACAUGAUCGAAAUGUUUAUCUAUUGGAUAUUCGUUCGUUUGAACAAAAUCCAUCGAAUCGUAUGUGUCAUAAAAACGCUGUUCUUUGCAUAGAUGCUAUAUAUGAAAAUGGUUUGCGUUCAGCUGUUUCAAGAAGCUGUACUUCUGUGAAAAACUGUAUUAGUGGUAGCGGUAAUAGCUGUGACCAGAUAUGUGUAGAAUAUGAUUAUCAUUCAGAGUUGUCAUCUGUAACAGCAAGUGAAGAAAAUUUUGAAGACUGUAUGAUUGAUCCAUUUGAAAUGGAAAGUGUUGUACUGGACAGUAGUGAACCCAGUCUCGCAAAGUGUAAUUCAGACGAAAUAAGUUGUAACAAACUGAAUAUACAAACUAAUUCAUUACCUGCUGACCUAAACCAUUCGCCAAAACAAUCAUUUUCUAACGUUCACCUAAUCACUGGCAGCAGUGAUCAAUAUAUUGCUGGUUGGGAUAUGAGAAAUGUUUCUCAACCGGUUCACAAACACAAGCUCAGUCGUUACCCAAGAAAGCUGUCUCUCUUGGAUAAGCAUGAAUUAUGGGUUGCUGAACCACCGAAUCGAAUUCACGUGUUCGACAUUCGAAAAAACCAGUUCAACUGUGUAUAUACUAACCAACUUUCUGGAUGGAAUCGUGGUUUCGGUGGCCUAAAGGCUACACUAGGAUGUAUAUUCGCUGCUGGAUUGCAUGGUUCUGUGGAAGCAUAUCAUCCAACCAAUCCAGUGAAGCCAUUGAGUAAACGACCUCUGGCCGAGAAAAUUAAUGCUUUUCCAACAAGUCUGGAAUACCAUAAUGAUGUUUUGGUGGUUGGUUCUGGGAAUGGCUCAAUUUAUGUUUGGUCUUCUGUAGAGAGAAUCAAUUCACUGACUACUUCAUACUAA